GAAAUAUUGAGGAUCGCUGCGAAAAGAGGUUGCAUUCUAAUUCUCUUAACCACUAUUGUUGCGGAAACUGGUGAAUGAAGAUGCAGAAGCCUAUUCUCUGUCUCACCGCCAACAUCCUUGUGCUCUUUGUCUCAGUUGCAGCUCAGCCAGGAUUCCUCAAUAUUGACUGUGGCGGGAGAAAGAAUUCGACAGACCCAGAGACGAAUAUUACCUGGAUUGUGGACGCCAACUAUGUAGAUGUUGGCCAAACAGUAAAUUUCUCUGUCCCAAAUACACCAUUCCACAUGCAAUCUAUGCGUCUUUUCCCAAAACCUCUAAAUAAGUCUUGUUACCGGCUGCCUGUGAAUCCGAACGUCAACUAUCUCUUAAGGCUUUGGUUUCUUUUUGAUUACUAUGAUCAAUCCACUAAUCUUCCGAGCUUUAAUGUCUCCUUCGAGACGGAAGGACUGCUUACUCAAAAGAUUCAGGCAAUUAAAUCUGCGCAAGAUAUAGAGUGGACAAGUGAAAAGAUCUUGAGGAGUCCUAACGGGGUUCUUUACGUUUGCUUGAUUCGAACUUCCGAUGACAGCGAUCCUUUCGUCUCUGCAAUCCAGUUGCGAAGUCUCUUGAGUGGGAUGUACGCUCUGUAAGUGAAACCGGGGACAAUGUUGAGCACAGUGACCAGACGUGAUCUUGGUGUUAACUCAACCGACCUUGUCAGGUAUCCUCAGGAUGAAUUUGAUCGCUUUUGGACGACAGAAAAAGGUGUAGAUUUAGAUAACAACACUCUACCAAUAUUAUCCAGCCGUUCAGUGAAUUUCAACGAUAAAAAUAACAGCAGCAAUGUUCCUCCAACCUUUGUAUUGCAGUCAGCGCUAACUGUAAAACCCUCUACAGAGCCUUUGGUUUUCGGUCUGGAAAGGCAAUACAUUAAAAUUUUAGUUGUACUAUACUUUGCAGAGAUCGAGGUCCUAAAUUCUUCUGAAUAUAGAAAAUUCAAAAUUCUGAUAAAUAAUAUAGCAGUUAGCAAUAUAACCUUGGACGUGAAAAAUAAUAUUGUACAAGUGCCACUGACAUACGACAGAGGAGCAGGUAGAGUUUUCUCUGCAGACUAUCCAAGAUGAGCAAGGUAAAUCUAACCGCGGACCACUGCUUAACGGUUUAGAGUAUUAUAAAAUAAUCGACAGCGAGACCGCAACUGAUGCAGGCGAUGGUAAGAUUGAUAUGUUAAUUACAUUUCUAUGUUUGAGAUUAUAUUAUUAUUUGCGUUAUACUAUUGGCGAUAGUAGAUCGAUGCUUGAAUGUAUUUGACCUGCAGUUAGUGGGCUUUUCUCCAUUAAAACCGCUUUUGGCAUGAAGGAAUGGAUAUCCGAUCCUUGCUUUUCUAUUCCCUGGAACGGAAUCAAGUGCAACAAAAACUACACGGUUAGAGUUGUAGAAAUCGAUCUGUCGGGAAGGAAUCUGUCUGGACCUGUACCAAAUAGUAUCAAGGAGUUAACUGAAUUGAGAAGCAUUUCUUUCCAGGACAACCAUUUAUCGGUAAUCUUACCAGAUUUUUGCAAGUUAGCAAGAUUGGAAAUACUGCGACUUCAAAAUAAUAAUCUUAGUGGUAUCAUCCCGGACUGUCUGUCCGAAUUGAAAAACUUGAAGGAAGUAAAUUUAGAGAACAAUAACCUUAGCGGAGUUGUUCCCGAAGGGCUUUUGCGUAAUAGAUUGUUCGACAUUAGGUACUCUGGGAAUCCGAAUCUUUGCAAAGAUGGCAAUCAAUGCCACUCCAAGGAUAAAAACAUUAGGAUUAUUGUUGUAUCAGCCAUAGCUGCUCUCGUCGGGUGUUCACUUGUGUUAUCAGUCAUUAUGUACCGACGAAGAAAAUACUUGAAGAAAAAAAAUCAGAUCAAUAAUCAGCCAUUAAAUGCAGGUUUGAUACCGGGCAUGGUACUAAACCCUUUGAGCUGCUGUUCAUUCAGUCUGCUGGAUAUGAAAACAGCCACAAACAAUUUCGGCCAAAAGAUCGGACAGGGCGGUUUCGGAAGUGUUUACUUUGGCAAGUUAGCUGAUGGAAAAGAUGUGGCUGUAAAGCUGCUCUCCUCCUCCUCAAAACAAGGACUGGCAGAGUUCUUAAACGAGAUCAAUCCCCUUUCUAGAGUGCAUCACAAAAAUUUGGUGUCUCUGAGUGGCUACUGCAACGAGUCCCAAAGAACUUAUGCUUGUGUAUGAACAUAUGUGUGGAGGAUCACUGAAGGACCUCUACGGUAGGAUAAUUCUUCAUAAGCAAAACAUGCAUAUCAGUGUAAGACACAUAACUCAUGUCUAUGUCAUCCUCCAGGCUCUCUAUCAAACAUUUCGACACUCGAUUGGAAAACUAGACUUGGAAUAGCUCUAGACGCGGCACAAGGGCUCGAAUACCUGCUUGUAAGCUGCACACCAAAAAUCGUUCAUAGAGAUGUGAAGAGCUCAAAUAUCCUUCUCGACAGCAAUCUGCGGGCGAAAAUGGCAGAUUUUGGUCUUUCAAAAAUAAUUGGCGAUGACAUAAUGUCCAGUCAUAUAACCACAAACAUAAAAGGAACAGUGGGAUACUUAGACCCAGAGUACUUUCAUACGAACAAGUUAACAGAGAGAAGCGAUGUGUAUAGCUUUGGAGUGGUUUUGUUGGAGAUGAUAUGCGGGAGAAAAGCAAUUGAUCCAGAGCUAUGUGAAGAAGAGCUAAGCCUUUUGAAAUGGGUAAUGCUACAUGUCGAGGGGAGCGAAGAUUAUGGUGGUCCAUUGAUAGCCAUCAUAGACAAAAAGAUGUGCAUGUAUGAAAUCGACAUGAAAUCUCUCUAUCCCAUAUUUACUCUGUCGCUUAAAUGCAUUCAGAAUGAAGCAUCCAAGAGGCCGACCAUAACUGACAUAGUAAAGCAGAUAAAAGAAGCCAUGGAUAUGAUUAAGUCCGAAUCUUCGAGUGAAGAGAUAAACGAGCCUCGAUACUCCGCAGAAUAUAGCUACAGCCUACUUGACGUUGGUAGAUAACAGCAAACGAUAUAGCACCCAAUCUCACGUCAACCAUUCCAUAACAAUCUAAAAAUUGCAUGGCUGUGAUAUCAAAUAUUUAUAAGUAGGGCAGGACAUUUUCGGUAAAAGCACCGGUUUUAUAAUUAGUUUUCCGGUAAAAUGUAAACGUCGCUCCAGUGCUUUUAAGUAAUCAAUGAUUUCAACUUUAUUAUAUGUAUUAAUUACUAGCAGUUGCACGCUUUUGCUAUGCAACGAUAAGUCGAUAGCAUGUUCAGAAUGAAUGAGAAUACAAGUUUGAUUUUUUAUUA